UCGCCUGCGUGCCGGAGUGUGUGCGAGGGAGGGGGGAGGGCGUCGGGGGGGUGGGGGGAGGCGCUCCGGUCCUCAGGAGGCCCGCGGAGGGAGGCGGAGGCUGCGAGGGGACUCCGGGACGCCAUGGACGUCGAGAGGCUGCAGGAGGCGCUGAAAGAUUUUGAGAAGAGGGGGAAAAAGGAAGUUUGUCCCGUCCUGGAUCAGUUUCUUUGUCAUGUAGCCAAGACUGGGGAAACCAUGAUCCAAUGGUCCCAAUUUAAAGGCUACUUUAUUUUCAAACUGGAGAAAGUGAUGGAUGAUUUCAGAACUUCAGCUCCUGAACCUAGAGGUCCUCCAAAUCCUAAUGUUGAAUAUAUUCCCUUUGAUGAAAUGAAGGAAAGAAUACUGAAAAUUGUCACUGGAUUUAAUGGUAUCCCUUUUACUAUUCAGCGACUAUGUGAAUUGCUAACAGAUCCAAGGAGAAACUAUACAGGAACAGACAAAUUUCUCAGAGGAGUAGAAAAGAAUGUGAUGGUUGUUAGCUGUGUUUAUCCUUCUUCAGAGAAAAACAGUUCCAAUAGUUUAAAUCGGAUGAAUGGUGUUAUGUUUCCUGGGAAUUCACCAAGCUACACUGACCGGUCUAAUAUAAAUGGACCUGGAACACCCAGGCCUCUUAAUCGACCGAAGGUUUCUUUGUCAGCCCCUUUGACAACGAAUGGUUUGCCUGAGAGCACAGAUAGCAAAGAGUCCAGUCUACAACAAAGUGAAGAAGAAAACCACAGUGAUUCUCCACCCUCUGAAUCAGAAGUUUCCUCAGUAAGCUCUUUAAAAAACAAAUAUCCAGAUGAAGAUGCUGUGGAACCCGAAGGGCAUGAGGUGAAAAGACUAAGGUUCGACAGAGAAGAGGUCAGAGAGACAGCCAGUCCGACGGCUGCUGGCGAGAUGUCUUCAGUCGAAGUGGAAGAAACAGAAGCAUCAUCUUCAUCUCAGGAUAAAGACAAAGACAGUAGUCGCUCCAGGCAGCACUGUUCCGAGGAGGAUGAAGAAGAGGAUGAAGAAGGGGAAGAAGAAUCUUAUAUGACAUCAAGAGAAUCGAUUGCAGAAAGAAAAAUUGAAGAAGAAGAAUCUGAUGAUGCCUUAACUGUGAAUGAUGAGACUUCUGAGGAAAACAAUCAAAUGGAAGAAUCCGGUCAGUCUCAAGCUGAGAACGAUUUGCAUUGUGAAAGUAGUGGAAGUGCAGGCCCUGAAGGUAGUGGUUCAGACUGCCAGGAGACAGAAGAAUUAGUAGGAUCCACUUCCAAUAAAACUGGAGAGAUUGCCUCAGAAUCAUCCAUGGAAAAUGACUAUGAAGCCACGGAAGGCACAGAUGAGCCAAUGGAACAAGACUAACUACUUAGAAACCUUUAGAUACAGUAUUUUACAUACAGUCUUGGUUUUACACUGUAUAAAACUUUUAUGUAACAAAGUGGACCUUUAGUUUUACAGGAGAAGCAGGUUGUAAAAUAAAAGUACUUUAAGAAUAAACCCUGGAAGAGUUGUACCUUUAAGAACUGUGAGUACCAGCUCCUUUGGGUCCUGCUUACUGCUUACUGGUUUUUGGUUUGGGGACGGGGGUCUGGUCAAAUCAGUGGUUUGUGUAUAGAUUUUUUUUAAUUAGAAUUAAAGUUUUUAAACUGGAAGGUAAUUAUAAUUUUGAAAACCUUUUAAAGAUGAACACGUUUAGUUUAUACACAUACAAGGAAGUUUUUGUCUUGUCUUUUUCUGACUGCUUUAGGAGUUUUCAUAUUUGGUCAUUGUUUCAGCAUUUUAACAUGUGAAUUAUAGGGUUUCAUGCUGGUUUCCAGAUUUUAUUGUUUGACUAUGUACAAUGGAACUUUAAGUCAUAUAUACAUAUAUAUAUAUACAUAUAUAUUAUUCUAAGGGGGGAAAUGUUAUAUUUUUCUGUUUCUAUAAGAGAUGAAUACAGUGGAUACUUUUUCUAUUGGUAAUGGUUGAGUUCACCUCUUUCAGAAGACAUUUUCUUUUUCUUCUGAGUAAAUCAAAUAAAAUCUGGCCCUUGUGAAACCCUGGACAUCUUAAGUCUGUUGAAAUACCAGGUUUAAACACAUUCCAGGAGACCUGUUCAAACUAAAAUUCUUUUGUAUACUUCUGAGGUGCCUGAGGGGGAAAAUGACUAUUAUUUAUGAGGAAAUGUGCUUUAUCUUGGAAAUUGUGUUCAAACAUAGCUUGCUGUUUUGUAGGAUGAACGCUUAUGAAGCUAAUAGGAGACCAUCUCUCAGAAUUGGACAGGUUCCUUAACUUUUUGCUUGCGUUUCUGAACAUUUGUGAAUAUUACACAUUUCUUUCUAAAUUAUUCUGGAGUAUGCAAAUGUCAAUGGUACGAAACACCUCAGUACUGGAAGGAUCCACAUACUACUUUAGUAAUGUACCCAAGCUAGCUAGGAUGACUACAGCUUUUAGGGUACACAGAAGCUACCACUUAUAACGUGUAUGACAUUUUGAUGGGAAUUAAAUAUUUUUGAACAUGCUUCUUCGACAGCCAGUGUUAGAUUUUUCAGAUUGACACAAAGCACAAUGAUUACUCUAAACUCAAUAUUUUCAGAUUCACUUAUUUAAAGUCAUGUAAGCUGCAAACCUCCCUGUCAAAAUUACUGGCUGCCAAAUUUAUACCUGUUUCUUCAGCUGUAUCUUUUGAUAUUUAGAAUUUUUAAAUUUCUGUAAAGUAGAUUUUGUAGAAUGUAAUGUGUUUACUGCCUUUGUGAAGCGGUAUAUAAUUGUAUAAUUUCUGUGUGUAAACUGAAUGCUUGGGCUUUCAAUACAGUAUUCAUAUAAAGCAAUAAAUGUUAAUGUUAUGAAAUAUUUGAGUACAUUUUUAUCAGAAAAAUUCCUUUUAAGUUUCAGUUACCUGAAUACACAGAUGAACUUAAAAGCUGAUGCAGACGCUCUCUGACAUUGUGUCAUAUUCUCUGGGUGAUUGGAAAGGAAUCCACAGUUACGUUUUGACGACUUCCAAUUUCUUUGACUACAGAUACCACCAUGGGUUGGCUCCGUUACCUUUGUAGAAUAACAUCCUACUGACUGUGUGGUACUGUCACAUUCGCAGGAGCUACAUGAUGUACUUGCGAAUAUGUCUUUAACAGUUGAGAUUAAAGCGGAGUGGAUUUUGUACCCAAGAAGGAACAAAGAAGCAAACAUUGUAAAUUUUUUUGCUACAAUAUUAAGAUGAAGCAUUUUAAAUGUGACAUUCAUUUUUAGUGAUCAUUUUGUUGAGGAAUUUUGCCAAUGAGAACAGAUUUUAAGCAUUUUAAGUUUAGAAAUCUUGGGAUUUUUUUUCUUUUAGGGUAUUUAUGAAAUUGUCAAUAAACCUAUUCUCUAAGCUCCUGUGACCUUUUGAUAGUUUUUAUUUUCAUUAUAGUGCCAUGGACCAUUUGUAAACCAAUUGAUUGACUUUGUUGGGUUUGAGUUGAAGACUUAGCAUUGUGACUUUGAGGUCUGUGGUUUUAUUUGUAAACUUGCAAUUGCUAUUUUUGCAAGAGCAAAUGUAUUUCUUUAUUAAAUAAAGUAUAAUAAUGGUGAAUGUACCAAAACAUCACUUAACUCUAUGAGAAAUCUUCAUUUUAAUCUUUAGUUUAAUAGUCUUGAUAAUUUAUUAGAUACUCAUGUUGAUCCUAGUCAGACAUGCUGUUUAUACAGAUACAUGUAGAAGGCAAAGGGAUAUCUCCUGUAGGAUAGGUGGAAGGUGUAGUUUUAUUUGUAGCGAAGUAGACCUUCGCUCGGCUGACUUCAGAUACUGUGGCCGCUAUGAUGUACGUUUCCAUGAUGUGGGUACGUGCAUUGGCACAGGCUUUGCUCAGUGAAAUGGCAGUUCUAACAGAAACUGAGUCAUUCCUGACUUUCAGAGACUGGUUCUAGGCAAAUUUCUUUGGCGUAUCAAGGGAAGUCUUACUAAAAUACCAAAUAAGAAUCAAAACUUGAAUGACUAAAAUGUUUAUUUAUAUGGUGUUGAAACUAGCAUGGAAAGAUCAUUUGAUGAUGCUGAGGAGAAAAUUGAGACUAUAAACAGAAUACGUUCUAUCACCUUCCUCCUUUAAAAAGUGGAAUAGUUCUCAAUAUUUUAAAACUUUUUGGUCAGUACUGGGUUUGAACUCAGGGCCUCCCACUCUCAGAUUUUUUUUUCUUUGACCUCUCAGCUGGUGUUUACCACUUGGGCCCUACCACCUUCUUUCUUGCUGGUUAUUUGGAGCUAAGAGUCUCCUGGAUAUGUCCUCCCCAGGCUGGCUCUGAACUGCUGUCCCCAGUUCUCAGCCUUCUGAGCAGCUGGGAUUAUAGGUGUAAUCCACCGGUGCCCAGCCUUGGCCUUUAAAAAAAGACAUCUUUUUCAAUUCUGAAGAGUGUAGUGGAACAGAAAUAUGUAAUGUUUUCAGUGUUGAUCACAAGUACACACAAAUAGACCUUUCAGACGUGGCGUGGCCGGAGUACCGGAAUUUACAUUUGUAGAGCCAUAACAAUUUGGAAAAUAUCCCAGAAGUCCUGGGCCAGAAAGUGCGACCCGCUAAAAGCACUGAGAUUCAGAGGAUUUUAUUUUUCUGGUGUAGAUAGGCAUGUAUUUAUGCAUUUUCCGUUUGUAUGUCAGCAAAUUUUCAAAUAAUGUAGAUGUAAUAUACUAGUUUGCCUAUAAAGGUACUUGAGCAGAAUAUAAAGCUGCUACGGUGCUUGAUGAUGAAAAAUGUAAGUUGAAAAUGCAACUUGUAGAACCAAAGGAAAUAACAUCGGGUAGUCAUUCAAAUUGUCUUCUCAACAGAAGUUUCAUGAACACAUUGGUUUUGGUCAAAUGAUCAGUUCUCACAAUUUGUGCUAGUCAUAAAAUGGGUACAUGUGAAAACAUCUUGUAAUUUUAUAUGGAAUUAUUAAAAUUAGAUUUGCUGGGUUAUUGGCCUAAUAAGGAUGCUAGUAUGUAUUAGAAUAUAUUCCACAUUUAAAAAUUACCAUUACACUUCAGAACUAUUAUUUCUUCUUGGAGCCUAGAUUACUUUGCCAAAUAAAUGUAUUAUUUUCAUAAUGCAAUAAAAUACAAAUUAGAAGAA